ACUCGAGAGCUAUUUUACUUUUGGAGAAGUUAGAAAAAAACGCGACACUCCGGAGAAGAACAAGAUAGACGAAUCACGAUCGUUACACGAGAGAACACAGCAGCCAAACGAGAAAAAAACUAUUGUUGACCAUUGAAGUAGAGAUUCAACUCGAGUUUUGAAGUUAUCAAUCCCAUUAGGUAUCUUGAUUUACAGCUAAAGAUGGCAAUUUAUGAACAAACCGGAACCGAUACAUCAUCAUCAUCAUCAAAGAAGAGAAAAUCAAGAUCUCGAGCAGACGGUACAACCGUCGCUGAUAGGCUAAAGAAGUGGAAAGAGUACAACGACACUGUUGAACAAGGAGAGAAUAAACCUAGACGCAAAGUUCCCGCGAAAGGAUCGAAGAAAGGGUGUAUGAAAGGCAAAGGAGGACCAGAGAAUACUCGAUGUAGUUUCAGAGGAGUUAGACAAAGGGUUUGGGGUAAAUGGGUCGCAGAGAUCAGGGAACCUAACAGAGUAAGCAGGCUUUGGCUUGGCACUUUCCCUACUGCUGAAGAAGCUGCUUCUGCUUAUGAUGAAGCUGCUAAGGCUAUGUACGGUCUCUCCGCUCGGCUUAACUUCCCUCAACAGUGUGUUGUUGCCUCUGAGUUUCUUGCUAGCUCUUCGAGUCAGUCUGAGGUGUGUAGUAGUGUCGAGGAUAAACCGGUUCUUGGUGGUGAUGUUUGUGUUACACGAGAUGAUACCAUGAUGAGUUCCGAUUUGCUGGAUGAGUUUGAUGAGGAGUAUUGGGGCAGAGUAUCCGAGGAAAUAGAGAAAUCUAUGGAGGAGGGAGAGGAAGAAGUGCUUACUGUUGCGGAUUAUGGUUGGUGUAAUGAUAUGUUGAACGAGCAGGAUCUUUGGGAUCCGAAUGAAGUUUUUGAUGUUGAUGAACUCCUAGGUGAUAUAGAUGAAUGCAUGUUAACAGGUGUCGGUCCGGAUGAAGACCAAAACCGGAUACACCCUGGUGGUUGUGAUCCGCAUCCUCUUCAGCUCGAGCCACACAAUGGUCAUGAGUUCUUUGACUUGGAUUCUCUGGAUCUUUGAGAAUACUGAGACAACGAAUGGUCUGCAAUAGAAAUUUUGGGUUUGAACAAGGAAUGGAUGAUAAUGUAAAAUAUAGUAACUCUAUAGUCUUUACUCUUUCAA